UAUGUAUCCUUGUGGUGGUGGAGUGAAUGACUCCUGAAUCUAUUCGCAGCUGCUCUGUCGCUUCCAUGAUCCACUCCAGUCCGGAUUUGGCAAGGAAAGGAACAGCUGCUGUAACGUUUUAGCAAAAAGGAGCAGUAGUGAGACAUGCGGGGUUUAGAUGAGUCUCUCCAGCAGCAUUGGAGACCGGACGAGCAGCAGCAGCAGCACUAGAUGAUCAUGGCCGAGGACUAUUGGGAGCGCGCGGCGGCUUUGGGAUAUUAUUACUGCUGUUAAGAUUACACGAGCAACACGCACUCACUAACACAAGCGCACACGGAUCUCAACCCCACGGGGUGGUUGAACAGUGGCAGCCCCUCCACCCCCCUCAUCUCGGCCCCCCUUACCCCCACUGAUGGACCGCAUGAGGAAGAUCAAACGGCAGCUGUCCCUGACGCUGCGAGGGGGUAACAGCGGGGACAAGACCAUGAGCGAGACCAUCAGCUCUCAGGACACAGGAGCGCACAGCGAUUCCGAGGCCAUGCCAGUUGGCGGCAGUGGUGGUCUGCGGGGUUCAGUGAGAGGUUCGGGGGGUUCCUUCAGCAUGCACUCCCUCCUGCAGUCCUACAGCAGCGCCCUGCGCAGACCACGCAGCCUGGGCCGCAGUCUCAGCUCCUAUCUCAACCACACCACGCGCCUCGAAAUCGUCCACGAGGAUGUGAAAAUGGGUUCAGAUGGAGAGAGCGAUCAGGCUUCGGCCACAUCCUCAGAUGAGGUGCACAGCCCCGUCCGAGUUCGUCUGAGAAACAAUCCUGGUCGCAAAAUUUCCUCAGAGGACAUAAAUAAACGUCUGUCUCUGCCUGCCGAUAUCAGGCUUCCUGAUGGCUACCUGGAGAAAUUCAGCCUCAACAGCCCCCUGUUUGACAAACCGCUCAGCCGGAGAUUACGCAGAGUAUCGCUGUCUGAGAUCGGAUUUGGGAAGUUGGAGACAUACGUGAAGCUGGAUAAACUAGGGGAGGGCACCUACGCUACAGUAUAUAAGGGCCGCAGUAAAUUGACGGAUAACCUGGUGGCUCUGAAGGAGAUCCGUUUGGAGCACGAGGAAGGAGCUCCAUGCACUGCCAUUAGAGAAGUGUCUCUGCUGAAGGACCUGAAACACGCCAAUAUUGUGACUCUUCAUGACAUCAUCCACACGCAGAAGUCGCUUACGCUCGUGUUUGAGUACUUGGAUAAAGACCUGAAACAGUACCUAGAUGACUGUGGAAACUGCAUUCAUAUGCACAAUGUCAAGCUCUUCCUGUUUCAGCUGUUGCGAGGUCUGAACUACUGUCACAGACGUAAAGUCCUUCAUCGAGACCUCAAGCCUCAAAAUCUCCUGAUCAACGACCGUGGGGAGCUAAAGCUGGCUGACUUUGGUCUGGCACGAGCAAAGUCGAUUCCCACUAAGACCUACUCCAAUGAGGUGGUGACCCUCUGGUACCGCCCCCCUGACAUCCUGUUGGGCAGCACGGAUUAUUCCACUCAGAUUGACAUGUGGGGUGUUGGCUGUAUCUUCUACGAGAUGUCUACAGGUCGACCGUUGUUCCCGGGAUCAACGGUGGAGGAAGAGCUGCACUUUAUCUUCAAACUGCUUGGUACGCCCACAGAGGAGACCUGGCCCGGAAUAACCUCUAACGAGGAAUUCAUCUCCUAUAACUACCCCCGAUACCGCCCCGACUGUCUCCACAACCACACUCCACGAUUGGACAAUGAUGGGGUUGAACUUCUGUCGAAACUGCUGCAGUUUGAGGGAAAGAAACGGAUCUCAGCAGAGGAAGCCAUGAGACACCCAUACUUCCACUGCCUGGGAGAGAGAAUACUCACACUGCCAGACACUACAUCAAUAUUUGCACUUCAAGAAAUUCAGCUGGAGAAGGAGCCAGGAAUGAGGACGAACUCUCUGUCAGAAUCAGUCAACAGCAUAUCUCAGCGGCAGAGUCUUCUCUUCUGAGGGCACACGGGGCGACUCGGGACGGGGGAGACGGACGAUGUACGGAGAGGAUUCGUCGAGACGCUUCCUGUCGUGAAGAUGAAGGGAUAUCUGUUUUUCAUUUCUCCGUCUGAGUCAUUCGCUAGUCCUGUGGCAUUAUGUGUUUAGAAGGGGUCACUGUAGUUGUUUACAUGAAGAGGCUGAGGAUGUUGAUUUGCGUACUUGUUUUCUUUGUUUCAAAUGACGAUGCACUCCCCCUUCCCUGUACACGUUACAAACAUGUUCUUCCUGUUUGCUGUACCUUCUCGACUUGGUUGCGUCAAUCCAGCCGCUGUAAUCAACCAAUCAGACGCAGAAUGUUAUCGGAUGACCUGCUUGAGUGCAUAGACUUCAUCCUUUGACUGAAACAAAUCAACCUGUUUUAUUUGCAAUACUUCUCAAUUGUAAUGUAAAAGGAAGGCCAGUUUAUGAAGGAAGGUGUCAUGAAUGCUGUUAAUAUCCAUCAAGAAGAAGCCAAGUCUCUCUAGUCUUCCAGAAUAAUAGUCCUCUUCAUUAGUGUCAUCAGCCCUCCCAUCCAAAGAUGAACAUUUAGUACUAUGCCAACACAAUGGUUCUCCAAUCAUCAUCAUCAUCAUCAUCAACCAUAAUUGGUUAUUUGUAUUCAUCAUAACAUUGACUGUAUGUCAACUUUUGUUUUUGUUUGCAUAAUCAUUUCACUUUUAAGUUGUUGUUUACAUGUUUUGUUUUGUUUGUUUUUUGCCAUGUAAUACAGUUUGAUAAUCUAGAAUACGGUUUCACCAAAGACCCCCAUGCCGUCGUUCUUUCCCUCUUGGUUUGACUUUUAUUGAGCUUCCACUUCCAUCAUCAUGUUCAAGUGAACCCUCAAUCAGCUACACUGUGUCAAGGACAAAUUGUUUGUGCAAAGCAACUUAUAAUGUUUGUGUUGCAUUAAGGAAAGCCUCUCGAUAGUCUCGACGCAUUUCCUGCGGAUA